AUGGGGCUCAGAUUUUGUACUCACGGCAACUUAAUUGUACUUGUAAUUGAAGAUGUUGAAGAAAGAACCGAAUGGAAGAAGACGGAGAAGCAGAAACUCAAGAAAACUUUUAAAAAACAAACAAAAGCAGCUACAGAGAUCCAGGCCUGGUGGCGUGGCACCCUGGUACGCCGGACAUUGCUGCACGCAGCCCUCAGGGCCUGUAUCAUUCAGCGCUGGUGGAGGCUGACCUUGGAUAGCCUGCUGCAGAAGAAGCGAAGGCAAGCCCUGGUCACCUAUGCAAAUACAGUGAGGGCCGUGGUCAAGAUCCAGUCCUUGGUCCGUAUGUGGCGUAUCCACUGGCGAUACCGUCAGGUGCUCAAUGCCAUCUAUGUCAUUCAGUGCCACUGGCAAUGCCACAACUGCCAUACCUGUGCUCUCCUCCGGGGCCACUGUGUAGUCACAGCCACUCACCUACAGUUCCACAUUGAGAUCAUCAACCCCUAA